UUACAAGUAAACGAGUUUACUAAUGAAAUUCAUAAAUAUAUAAGACAUUAGAUUAUUUGUUUAAAACCAAAUAUACUACAGUCAGUGGUCAACAUGCUGUUUUAUAGUACGUUAUUAUUGCCCAUAGCUAACCAGCUUGCCACAUCACUAUGUCUGCCUCAACCGCCUCAAGAUCCAUCCCAGCAAUGUACGCAGCUUCCAUUAAUUGAAAAUCCAAGAAAAUGCUGUGAUAUACCAUCCGUAUUCUCGAAAGACAAUUUCGAGUUCUGCAACUUGUCGGAUAAUUUUCAAAAGAAUAAUACAAACGGCUUAGCGGAUUGCAGCAAGCAAUUGUGUGUCUUUAAAACGUUAAAUUUUAUCAAAGAGGAUGAUAAAAUCGAUCGUGAUAUUAUUCAACGCUUUAUGGAUGUAUGGACUGAAGCUUAUCCAGAUUAUGCGCCAAUAACACGUGUCGGAAAGGCGAGAUGUCUUGGGAAACAAAUACCAGGACCACGUGAACUUUGUGAACCUAAUAAAUUUCUUUCUUGCAUUGCCAAUGUUGCUAUUAUGAUGUGCCCAAAGUGGAUCUUAAAGGACUAUGACUGCAAGGAAUUGAAGAAUCACGUUGAUGUUUGCGCUAAAUAUUUCACACAAUAAUAUAUUAUGUACACAUGGUACAAAUAUACAUCUGUAUUUUCGAAUGUUAAAAGUAUUUAAUACAAAACUACUGGAUUAAUUUUAAAAUUAUUUUUCCAACAGAAUGCUGAAUUAUCCCUGGAUAACAUAAGUGUUAAAAUUUUGACUUAA